UUUAAUCUUAGUCGACUAACUUGUUGUACCUUCUAUCAUGUUCGGUAACUAACUGCUUGUUGGACAAGAUGCUAUAUUGGAUAGGAUUGGACAUAGUUUUCUCUUGCUUUGCUUUAGCAGCACCUAGGUUUAGAUGUUUCCUUAUGCAGGUUAGUCAUUGGCAUUUCGUUCCUGCAGUGCAUCUUGAAUUUACCCUUGAGCAUGCACACUGAUUAGUAUGCCAGUUUUGCAAAGAUAGCUGUCUACAUCUGAAGGAAAGCAUUGAUGGAUUGGGCAACAGAAGGAAAACUUCCCGUGUCUUCUUUAUUAGGGUCAUGUGCACUCAUUUUGGAGUGUUUAAGUCUGCUGUCAUACACGGAGAGCAAGUAAAUGGUUGACUCUUCUUCUGAGACAUUUAUCUUUUGCUCUUAAGUGGCUUUGUUAUGGGGCAUAGACAUUUAUUUGGCUCAUCCCAAAUGUUUGAGAAUGAGAAUGAGCAUGAGCAGGGCUGGAAUCAUAUGCAUGAGGAGCAACCUUAUGCAAAUCUAGCUAGGUCAAGCACUACAGAACAUGGUUCCUUCUGUCCUGUAGAAAAUAUGUCUUUUGAUGCAGUGCGUUAUUCCUCCCACUGGAAUCCUGUGCCUAUGUCAAGUAGUUUUGCUACCUCAAGCCACAGUGUUGAUGCUCCACGCUGCCAACCUGACACUUCAGGUCCAUCUCAUGAUUUUUUUCUACAUCCAUCGGCGCCUGGAACAUUUGGUGCAGCCCCUGAGAACUACAUGCAUCGUGCAUCUUCUUCCAAUUAUGAUAGGCAUACUUUCCAUGGAAUUGAGGGUGGUUUUGUUGAUCUCACAAAGGGCAGUGGUAGAGGACCUCACAAGAGAAAAAGCCCGGGAGUUCCUUCAGUCUGUGAGAGGGGUGGUUCAAGCAGAUAUGCUAGUGCUGGAAGUUCAUCUGAUAUUCCCAUGCCUUCUGUUUGGCAAGAGAAACCUAAUCUAGAUCCUCAGCACAUGCUUUGGGAUCAUGUUGGCAUUCCUCCGAGUUGUAGAGGCAAUGGCCUCUCAAUUAGGGGCGAGGAUUCUAUGAGGAAUGUGAGAAGCCGUCCAGCACUUGAUCUUGAAUCCAACCUUGUUAGGACCAAUUUAUCAAGCAAUAGUUCUCAUACAUUUUACCCUACAAGCCACCCAGUUGAACAUUCUAGCUCAGUGGAUAUCUCAGGUCAGAGCUCUAAUGCAAUUUCAAGGGAGUGGGGCCAUUUGAGAAUGUCUCCUACUCAUGGAAGGAUUCUACCUGAUGAUUCAAAUGUUUUUAAUAAUGAGAUAAACCGCUUUCCGGGUGGUAGUGCUAGAAAUGCCUCUCUUGAGGUCGGUGCACUUCAGCAUGAUUUCAUUUCUGGUAGAAAUCCUGUUCUUCCCCAGGGUUUCCAUGGAAACUCAGGACAAUCUGUCAGAGGUGUUCGAACAAACUAUUCCCAGAGACCUGGCCCAAUUUUCAGGACUUCUUCCAGCAGUAUGCGCUUAGGACAUGCAGCACCCUCAGAAGAGGGGAUGCAGGUUGUUUCUGAAAGUUAUUCAUCCAGGCACCCUCGGUCAUCAUCAGCUCUAACAUGGCGUAAUAAUGAGCGGAAUGGGAGGCCAAGGAUAUCUCAUGAUAGAUACCGGUCUCUAGCUGAUGAUGCAGUUUUCCAUGGUCGAUUUACAUCUGAGGGUUCUAUGAUUGCGGACCACUCUGCCUUUUAUGGAUCCAGAAAUAUGUUUGAUCAGCAUAGAGAUAUGAGAUUAGACAUAGACAACAUGACUUACGAGGAACUACUUGCAUUAGGGGAAAGGAUAGGGAGCGUUAAUACAGGUUUGUCAGAAGAUUCGAUAUCUAAGUGCUUAGCCGAAACAAUUUACCACUCUUCAGACCAAUACCAGGAUGAGACCUCUUGUGUGAUCUGCCUGUGAUCCCAUUUGUCCGAA